UAGAGUCGACUGUGGGAAGGACUUGCAUUUUCGGUAAACAACAAGGCAUGCCAAACAACAACAUGGAAUCGAAAGUUGAAUGUAAGCUUCUUUAUUACAUAACUAUAAAGAUAAAGUAUACAUAUUUCAGUUGGUUAUUUUUAGUACCAAGAUGAUUUGUCCAGUCUUACAUGCCACAUUGAAACAUUCUCUGAGAAGUUUUCAGCUGAUCAGGUGUUGUUAUUGUACAAGUCCAAAGUAUUCAGAGAAAAAUGGUACAAUUGAAUUAUUAGGAAAGAAAUAUCAAACUGAUCAUGUGACAAAUAUUAGAUCAAGCUUAAUACCAAAAAUUGGAAUCAGUUUACAUAACAUGAAACACCAUCCUUUGAAUUUAUUGAAACAACAAAUAGUUGAUUACUUUUACGAGAACUUUAUAAAUCGACAGAAAAAUCCUGUGUUUUCUGUAUAUGACAGUAUCAGUCCAGUUGUGACGUUACAUCAGAAUUUUGAUAGUUUAUUAGUGCCUGUUGAUCACAUCAGUCGUAAACCAUCUGAGAGUUUUUACCUGAAUUCCCAGUACAUGUUACGUGCCCAUACAUCAGCACAUCAAAGUGAUUUAAUAAGAACUGGACUGAAUGCCUUCCUUGUAUUCGGUGAUGUGUAUAGAAGGGAUACUAUUGAUUCAAGUCACUAUCCAAUUUUCCAUCAGGCAGAAGGAGUAAGACUUUAUAGAGGCCAGGAGCUUUUUUCCAAAAUGAACAUCACUGGUGAUUACCAGAUAUUUGAAAAUGGUGAAAAAAAUGAAACCAAACAGCCAUUACACACUAAAGAAGCUGUGAUGAUCCUGGAACAUGAAUUAAAAUCAACUUUAGAAAGUCUUGCUUUUGAGUUGUUUGGAAAAGAUGUUGAAACACAAUGGGUUGAUGCAUAUUUCCCGUUUACCCAUCCAUCAUGGGAACUAGAGAUUAAAUUCCAAGGAGAAUGGUUAGAAGUGUUGGGUUGUGGCAUUAUGGAACAGGAACUUUUAACUGCAGCUGGUGCAGGAGAUCAGAUAGGAUGGGCCUUUGGUUUAGGAUUAGAACGUUUAGCAAUGAGAUUAUACAGUAUUCCAGAUAUAAGACAGUUUUGGAGAUACAAUGACUCUGGAUUUAUGUCACAGUUUGCUGUAAAAGAUACUAGUACGCCAAUUAAAUAUAAGGAAGUCAGUAGCUAUCCACAGAGAACAUACAACAUGUCUUUCUGGCUAACAGACGGAUAUAGCGAGAAUGAUUUUUACGAUUUAGUGCGGAAUGUGGGGGGUGAUGUAGUAGAACAAGUUCGUCUUACUGACAAUUUUUAUCAUCCUAAGAAGAAGAGACAUUCACAUUGUUAUGAAAUAGUAUAUAGAGACAUGAGUAAGACCCUGUCAAAAGAGGAGGCAAAUAUAAUACAUAAACAAAUAGGUGAGGCAGCAAGCAAGGAACUUGGGGUUGAGAAUAGAUGGAAUUUAUAAUACAUAUUAUAUGGUAUAAGAAAUCUCAUGAAAUGCUGAAUUUUGUUGAUUCUUCUAAAUAACUAUAUUUUGAAAAAGGAUAAAAAGUUAACUUGAAUUGAAUUAAAAGACCUCAUAUAGGUGUGGCAAAAAGGAGUCGUGUUUGGUUUACCCCAAUUGCCCAAAUACCUGUAUAUAUUUAUACAGUUGAAAUCCUGCUUAUGAAUAAUAUAACUGACUGAUGCAAAAUACUGUUCUCAUUAAAUUCCUGCAGGUAAAUAAAAUUAAAGUAAAGUCUUGACCAAUUUAUGAUACUUAUUUACUGAUUGCUAAAUGUUUUUGUUUAGACAUUAAACUAUUACACUCCUUGGAAUCAGAUAUGUCAAGGAAAGCAUGAAAACAUUUAUAUAUUAAACCAUUUGAGAAAUGUACUCUCUCUCUCUCUCUCUCUCUCUCUCUCUGUUCUCUCUUUAUAUAUAAGAAGGCACCAUCUGAACAUAACCAUCUGUGUGUGUGGUAGGUAAAUUUUUCAAGUUAAAGAAUCUUUCUCUUUAAGUUACGAUAUAUAUUGACAUGGUAUAAUUCUGACUUUUUCAAAAAAUGCAUCUGUGUUAACUUUAAUCUAUCAUCAAAAUAAAUUAAGUGAAGUUUGAA